AGACACCGUGACGUAAUGACAGCAAGUCUGUCGGCUCGCUGUAGCCAGUUUCGGUAAUGGCUUACAGUAAAGUUAGAUCCACUGGCUUCAUGGAAUCAUUUUUACAUUUGUUUGUCUGUGACUCCACUAACUCGCAGUGUUCUUCAUAGUACGGCACACAACAUGGCACGGAUAGCUGCUGGUCAGGAGUAUGAAACACUUGCUGAGUGCAACUAUCGCUUCCCCAAUGAGGUCCUGGCUGAUGUGACGAGUGCCACUGCUACAUAUACAGACCUCAAUCUACACGUAGACUUUUACUGUUACCCUAACAAUGAGAAGAAGAGACUGGUAUACUUGGGUGGUACUAUACCAGUUUCCUACGAAGGCAACUUGUACAACAUCCCAAUCCGCAUCUGGAUCCACGAGACGCAUCCCCACAGUCCUCCCAAGUGCUGCGUGUGGCCCUCUGCCUUUAUGGUGAUCAACACCAAAAGUAGUUUUGUUGACGCAGGCGGGCAUAUUCACCUUCAUUGUCUGAACAACUGGAAGAUUGGCUGGUCCAGCCUCUCCAUAGUGCUGGAGGAGAUGAGGGCAGCGUUUCAGAGGGAGACCCCCCUCUUCACUGCAUACCCCCUGAAGGCUGUGAAUCUGUCUGCCGCCACCACCACUCUUCCUUCACUCACCGGAUCUGGUGAUGCCCAGGCCUCUCCCUAUGGCAGUUGGCCUUACACGAACAGCACGUCUUCACAGCAGAACACAAGUGACCAGCCUACAGUCUCCUCUUCGUCAGUGGUGCAACCUAACAGCAAUACCCUUCCGAAGGGUUCCAAAUCUACCCAGUCCCUAGCCACCAGCGAGCCCAUCAGUGUCGUAAGGCGCUCGUACACACAGGAGCUGUUGGACAUGGGCAUCGACUUUGACAACCCUUUAGCCAGAGAAGCGCACCGCAACAACAUAUAUUUUGGUGGCCAGAAUGUUCGAAACGUCACUCCUGAUCUAGUGGAAGUAGACAACAUGUUCAAGAGCCUGCAACUGGAGAAAGUUGUCAAUAUAUACCAGCUGGGGAUGAAAGACAGAGACACACCGGAGGACCGGGAGACUGCCGGGCUGCUGGGUGAUGAGCACACAGUGGUGGUGGACAACCUGCCCGCCAGCGUCUCGCCAUGUCGCAUGAAGAACAAACUGACUAUUCACUUUCAGAGCAAGCACAACGGUGGCGGAGAGGUUGUGGAUGUAACGUAUCCCACCACUCGGCCUGACCAAGCCUACGUCACAUUCCGCGAUGCCAGAGAUGUCAGAAGGGUUUUGAAGCAGCCAAGGAGAAUGAUCGGGGUAAACGAUCAUGUUUUUCAUUUCCAUGUGAAGAAGUUUGUUCGCUCUCAGAUUGCGAUGCCAGAGGGAAUCGUGGGUGAGAAGGCGUCCAUGUUCAAGAGCCUGCUGACGAUGGAGGGCCGGGAUUUCAGCCCGACGGACGUGCUGGAGGCGGUGCAGGCGUGCCGAGACUUACCCUCCGCCCUCAAGUACCUGUCUCACGAGUGCCCCAUCUGCCAGGAGCAAGUGUGCUUCAGCAAGAUUAUCACCAUGACUCACUGUUCGUGUGCCUUCUGUGAGAGCUGCUUUAAAACCUACUUCUCCUCCGUAAUCAAAGAGAAGAGCAUCGUCAACGCCGUGUGCCCCCUGUGCAGCAAGCCUGACGUGCGAGGGCAACACAGCAUGGAGGAGUCCAUGGAGUACUUCAGCCUCCUGGACACUCAGAUCAGGCACUACCUUGAUGAGGAGACGCAUGAGCUGUUUCAAAGGAAGCUGAGGGACCGUGCACUUCAGGAGAUGCCAAACUUCCGCUGGUGUGCCCAUUGCUGCUUCGGGCUGCUUCACGAGGCGGACCGGCUGAGGAUGGACUGCCCCAGCUGUGGCAAGAGCACCUGCUUCAAGUGCAAGAGUGCUUGGGCUCCCCAACACGAGGGCUUGUCCUGUGAGAAGUUUAAAGAGUGGCAGCUGCACAACAGUCCGGAGUUCCAGAACUCUAGACUGGAGCACAUUAUGAGCCGAAACAAAAUAGAUUGCCCAAAGUGCAAAUUUCGAUUCUACCUUUCCAAAGGUGGCUGUCUUCACUUCAAGUGCACCCAAUGUCAUCACGAGUUCUGUGGAGGCUGUGGCGCACCUUUUAAAUUAAGCUCUGCUUGCGGAUUUUCUGCAGACUGCGGCACAAAAGGGUUACAUGCCCACCACCCCAGGGACUGCCUGUACCACCUGAGAGACUGGAGCGUUCAAAGGCUGCAAAGGCUUUUACAGCAUCAUCGAGUCUCCUCUCCUCUCCUACUACGGCAUAAACCAGGAUCAGCAGCCAGAGACUGGAGAGGUGUGUGUGGCGUUCUAGAGCACAAAGAGAAUGGCGGUACGAAAGAUGAGCCCUGCGGUCGCCCUGCUCACCCAGAAUAUAGUGGCUACUGCAUGCUGCACUACAAAGAGUGUCUUGUGGAGCUCAUCAAUCAGAAGCACCUGGACCCUGCUCUGUUGUUCGAGAUCCAUGAGAUAGUGAUUGAACUACAGAGAUGGAGAGUACAGUUUCCACAGCAACACCCUCAGGAAUCAGACCAGUUUUACAAAGAGCAUUUGAGAAAGAUUCUUACAGACAAAGUGCGUCUGUGUUCUGGUGCUUUGGCCGGUACCAAGAGAAUAGAGCCCUCUUCCCCUUCCAUCCUCGGGUCCUAUGCAGGGAACCCCUGGUCCAGCCUGCAGACCAGCCCCAAUCGGGGCCAGUCAGAUGACUCCCAACUUCUGCUGCUGCUCAACGACUAGCACAAGCUGCUCUUGGCGAACAACAACAACAAAAUUAAUAUUGCAGUAUCACCUUGUAAAACUUUUCUUUGGCACGUCUACUGUAGAAAGGUUCUACAUGGUUUUUAUGUUGUUACAUUUUUACUGUGUGCAUUUGAGUUGUAUUUCUUUUUUUAAUGGCAUUUUGUGAUGUGAAAAGCAGGUGUAUGGAAAGAGAAGUGUUCCAUGGUCGGUUAACACAAGUGUACUGUUUUCCUCAGGUUCUCAGGGCAGGCUAGGGGCGCACUACUGCUGAAGCACUCCAUACACUAUGUCAAAUCACGCACUUGUGUCAGUGCACUGACAGUCAGUGCACAGUGCACACAGUGCACUGAGGUCUUUAGUGCAUAGCGUUGUGGAAAAAUUUGAGCACUAUGCACUGUGCCCUCACUGGAAGUGAUGGCUGAGCAUGGCAUUAGCUCGCCAAAAUAUGAGUUGGCUACUGUUUACAAUGCACAGCGUCUGGUGCUUGUAUUUCCAUGUCCUUCACCCCAAAGGACAACAAUCACACAUACAAUACUUUGGUUGGCAUAAAAAGGUUGGUGUCCCAUCAACAUUACUUACAGAAUUAGGAGACUGUUGACCAAACUCUUCUACUGAACUGAAUGCCACAUUUCCUCCGUGUCAUUGUCAACAUGGCCGCCGUUUAGUGCAUGCAGUGUCCAUCAUUCAAGCACUGCAUUUUUCCGCCAUUGUUAGGGGAUCAUCCUGGCACUUUCAGUGCACUGGCUCAACUGAAAUUUUCAGCGUGAGCGCCCUAGGCACUG